AUGUCUUAACUAGCUUCAAUAGGAAUAGACUUUGGAAGUCAAAGAUCAGUAAUGGCCGCUGCUCUAAGAGGUGGUGUAAAGAUUUUAGACAAUGAGGGAGCUCAUAGAGAAACAUAAAAUGUUAUAGGAUUUACAGGUGAAGAACGAUUUAUUGGAGAAUAAGGUGCUUUACAAUAGAAAUCAAAUUUCAAAAAUUCAAUUGGAUUCUUUAAUAGAUUUUUAGGAAUAUAAGGAAAACAAUAAUUUAUAACAGAAGAAACAAAAUGGUUAACAGUUCCUACAUAAAUCAAUGAAUCUGGAAAAACAUUGUUUGAGGUUUGUUACCUUAGAUAAAAGACAAACUUCACUGCAGAAUAAUUGACAGCCACAAUGUUAAAUAAAUUAAAGCAUAUUAUUUAGCUAAACGAUAUAAAUAUUUAAUCUAGUAAUAUUUGUCUAAGUGUACCUGCUUAUUAUACAGAAUCUGAAAGAAAAGCUCUUAUUGAUGCUUGCAAGAUAUCAGAAAUACCUUUAGAGAGAUUACUAAAUGAAACAACAGCAAUAGCUAUAAAUUAUGGAUUAUUUAGAAAAACAGAUUUGGAUCCAGAGAAACCAAGAAAUGUAGCUUUUGUUGAUUUUGGUCAUUCUAAAUUUUCAGCUUUUGUAGGAUAAUUCUAUAAGGAAAGAGCUUAAGUAUUAACCUAGGUUUGUGAAAGAAAUUUGGGUGCAAGAGAUAUUGAUUGGGUUUUAUUUGAGAAAUUUGCAACUCAAUUUGAAAAAUAAACUGGUGGAUUAAAUGUAAAAAAGAAUCCUAAAGGAAGACUACGUUUAUUAGAAGCAAUAGAGAAAGCUAGAAAGGUUUUAUCUGCUAAUUCAGAGGCAUAAAUAAGUGUUGAAUAUUUAGUUGAAGAUGAAGAUUUUAAUACUAUUAUAAAAAGGGAAGAAUUCGAAUAAUUAGCAUAACCUAUUUUAUAAUAAAUCUUAAUUAAACUUGAAUUAUUAUACAAUUAGAUUUAAAAUCUAAAAUUAUAAAUUCAUUCAGUUGAAAUUGUAGGAGGAGCAACAAGAAUACCUGCUGUUUAAAGAUUAAUAGAAAAAAUAUUUAAAAUAGAAUAAGUUUCAAGAACUUUAAAUGCAAGUGAAUCUAUAUCUAGAGGUUGUGCAAUGAUGGCUGCUAUGAAAAGUCCUAAUUUUAGAGUUACUGAAUAUAAAAUUGAAGAUUGUCAUUACUAUCCAAUUAGAGUUGGUUGGCUAUAUUAAUAAAAAUUAAAUUAAUUAGAUAAAAGCAAAGGAUUAUUGAAAUGCUUUCCUGAAAAGUAAUGUAAAAUUCUAUUUGAUUAAAAUAAUCCUAUUCCUUCUAUUAAAAGUUUUAAUUUAAUGAAAACUUAACCUAUUGAAAUUACACUAUUUUAUGAUCCAAUUCCUUAAGGAUUUGACCCUAUAUUAUGUAAAAUUUAUUAAUUUAUUAUAUUAUAGAUUAAAUUUAAAUACCACAUUUAGUAGCUAAACAUAAAGAACACUCAACUAAAAUUAAAAUAUUGUUAAAUUAAAAUGGUCUAAUUAAUUUGGAAGAAGUAGUAUUUUAAGAAGAAUAUAUGGAGGAUGUCAAAGUACCAGUAUGUAUAUUUAUUUAAAUUUUAGGUUGAAAAACCAAAGACAAUAGCUUCUUAAAAUUAGGAAGAAGGUUAAUAAGAAUAACUUAAAGGAGAUGCAUCUUAAUUUGAAAUUAAAUAAAAAAAGAAAACUAUACAAAAUUAAGUUAAUUGUGAAACUACUUGUCUUUAUUCUUUAACUAAGAAAGAGAUUGACCAUUAUUUUUAAUUGGAGUGUGAAAUGCUUAAUAAUGAUAAUUAAGUUCAUGAAACUUAAUUCAAAAAAAAUUAAUUAGAAUCAUAUAUUUAUAAAUGGAGGGAAAAUUUGAAUGGAAAAUAUGCAGAAAAUGCAAGACCUGAACUCAAAGAUAAGAUUUAUAAAGAAUUAGAUCUCUAAUAUGAUUGGUUAUAUGGAGAUGGUUAGAAGACUACAAAGAGAGAAUAUUCAGAUAGAUAUGAUAAACUUGUGUAAUUAUGUGGUCCAAUUGCUACUAUAGCAGAGGAAUAUAGAUAAAUACCUGAUAUCAUUUAAUAAGUCUUAGAUUAGAGUUCUAUUUACGAUAAUAUUUUAAAUUCUUAAGUAAUUAAUUGUAAAAUAUUAUAGGAUAUAUAAUAUGCUCAUCUAACUUAAGAAGAAAAAAAUCUUAUUGCUAAUGAAUUAACAAUUUUUAAAUAAUGGUGUAAGAAUACAUUAAACUUAUUGAGCAAAGCUGAUAAAACAGUUAGAUUUACUGUAUCAGUUUAAUAAAUUAAUAUAAAAUAUGCUGAAUUAUAAUAAGUAAUGAUAUCAUUAAUAGAAUUUAGAAAUGUCAACCAAUUGUAACUAAACCCAAAUCUGAAACUAUAAAGGAAGAAAGAAUUGUUGAUGAAACUAAUUAAUAACAUUAAAACAUUGAUGAAAAUAAAAUGGAAACUGAAUGA